GCGGCCGAAGCUGCCGCGGUGGGAACCCCGCACUUCUACGAGAUGAAUCCGGAGGAAGCGCGAGAGAACAGGCGCAAGGCGUACGUGCACAGCGACAAGCGCGAAACGUUCUCCAUCCCGGGCCGCGGCGAGCACGACGUCUGGCACCCGAUCCGAUUCGCCAAGUGGAGCCCGUCCGAGGAAAAGUGGCCGGACGGACCGCGGGGUAUCUACCUGCUCUUCCACGGCGGCGGGUGGGUGUUCGGCGACGCGUGCGGACAGAACGACGUGCGGCUCGAGGAGAUGAGCGAGGAGCUCGGGCUCGUCGUCCUCGUUCCCGAUUACUCCAAGGCUCCCGAACACCCUUACCCCGCGGCGGUGAACGAGUGCGAGCUCGCCGCGAUCUGGGUCGAGGAGAACGCGACGAGGGAGUUCGGGGAGAAGGCGGCUAAGAUGAUGAUCAUCGGCGGCGAGAGCGCGGGGGGUAACCUGUGCGCCGCGGUGCUCCUGCGGCGGCGAGACGCGUGGCGGGGACCGAGGCCCGAGUGGUACAAGAAAGGGUGGGUCACGCCCCGCGGCGUGGAGGGCUGGCCGGUCACCGAGAUCGGCGAGAGACUCGGCGGUGGGUACGAGCACAAGAUGCCCUGGAAGCUGGCCAAUCUGGUGUACGGGAUAUACGACGUAGCCGGGACGCCGUCGGUUGCCGCCUUUGGGGAGAGGCGGCUCAUCGAAACCGCGAGGGACGUGCAGUGGUUCGGGGACUGCUACUGCCCCGAUAAGGAGAUGCGCAAGCUGCCGGACGUGUCACCGCUUCGCGGGGACUUCCGGGGCAUGCCGCCCGCCAUGUUCACCGUGGGGAUGGAGGAUGCGCUCGCGGAUGACACGUUCCUCAUGCACAAGAAGUGGGUCCAGUUUGGCAACGGGGUGAGCUUGGACGUGUGGCCCGAGGGGCCGCACGGCGUCGGGCACUUCGGCGUGCACGCCACGAGCAAGCUCGGGAUGGCGUGCCGGAAGAAGCUCCACCAUAAGAUCGAUCUGUUCAUCAAGCACGAGCCGGAAAUUCCGGGCAGGUGGAAGGACACGAGCCGCGGCGGUGUCAUCAGAUACUUUUCGGCGUACUAACGAUUGUAGCGUCUACGUUUGUUCUAUUCGUGGUGAACCG